AUGAAGUCAUACACACUGCCCAUCAUCUCAUCUCUGCUGCUAGGCUCUGCCUACGCCGCCUCCCACUCCAUCGACGUCGGCGAAGACGGCCUAGUCUUUCUCCCAACUCUACCACCGCUGCUGUUGGAGACACAUACUUCCGGCAAUGAGAACGUUGGUGCGUUUAUUGUUGCUGCUUCGACGGCUGGGACUAGCACGGUACCUGGCAGCGUCUAUGGUGGUAUCUUGGCAGCCAAAGAAGGAGAUGACGAUGAUGCGGCUGGGAGUUCUUCGUCGUCUGCUCAGGUAGUUAGCAGUGCGACAUCAUUGUUGUCCUCUACUGCGAUGGUAUCGUCUUCCAAGGCUCCCUCGAUGGCUUCCUCGGCUUCCCAAGCUUCUUCCAGUGCUGCGUCCUCUGCUGCCGGCGCAGUUAAUGGUUCUUCCUCUCGCGCUACAACGGCUUCUUCCGCCUCAGCUGCAUCAAGUACUGCCGGUUCGGCUACGUCCAAGGCUGCAAGUGCUACGAGCAGUAUCGCGGUUUCUACGGGUGCUGCCUCGUCUCAUACAGUGGGACUUGCGAAUUUGGGACUGGGGUUGCUGUUCGGAGGGUGGGUAUUUAUGUAA